GGGGGGCGGGACUAAGGCCCUGCGGGAGCAGCGAUGGAGGAGCUGGCGCAGGAUCUGGAAAUGGAGUGUGAUAUUCUGGACGUGCUGGAGGCUUUGGGGUACAAAGGGCCUCUUUUGGAUGAAGAUGCCCUUAAUAAAGCAGCAGAAAGUGGUCUGGCUUCAGAAGACUUCUGUGAGCUUUGCAUUUGGUUAAGUUCCCAAAUACAGCCGUUGUGCGGUAUGGAAGAGGGCCUCUCAUCAACAGCCGAUGACAAAGAUGUUGAAAGUUUACAGCUGGAGAUGAGCGGCUUUUUAAAAGAACUGGCCUGUCCUUAUUCCACACUUGUAUCGGGAGAAAUUAAAGACCGACUGCAGAAGAAAGAAGAUUGUCUUAAAGUCCUAUUAUUUUUGGGCACAGAACUUCAGGCUUUGCAAGUCUUGCAUUUCAAACAGCGUAAAGGUUCUCAUUUGGCAAAGAAGAAUGAAAUCCAUCAAGAACUCCAAAUGAUCUGUGAUGCGUUGGGUCUUCCAAAGUCGUCUGACAUUCCAGUCUUGUUAAGCAAUGCAGAAGCAAAGGUUAAGGAUAUUUUAUCAAAAAUUCCAAAUAGAUGUGUGGGUAAACCUCUGUUCAAAACUCCUCUGAUUCCAGAACAAACGGAAAGAUUGGAAAAGAUCAACGACACCCUUUGCAGUGAAUAUGAAUGUCGCCGUCGUAUGUUAAUGAAGCGCUUAGAUGUAACUAUACAGUCUUUUGGGUGGUCUGAUAGAGCAAAGGUGAAAACAGAUGAUAUUGCAAGGAUUUAUCAACCCAAGCGUUAUGGACUGGCUCCUAAAUCAACUAUUUCAUUAGCCCAUCUUCUGGCUGCUCGAGAAGACCUAUCAAAGAUCACAAGAACAAGCAGUGGAAUUACACGGGAGAAGACAGUUUGUGCCAUAAAUAGAGUCUUGAUGGGCAGAGUACCAGACCGUGGAGGCAGACCGACAGAAAUUGAGCCACCACCUCCUGAAAUGCCUCCCUGGCAGAAGAGACAAGAUGGCGGUGGGAGAGGAGGAAGAGGCGGUUGGGGAGGAGGGGGUGGCGGGAGGGGAGGAGGGGGUGGUGGGAGGGGAGGAGGAGGAGGGUGGGGAGGAGGGGGCGGGGGUAGAGGAGGAGGGGGUGGCUGGGGAGGUGGGGGUAGAGGAGGGGGUAGCAAUUGGAGGGGAGGAGGUGGUUUUCAAGGGAGGGGUGAUUACAGUGGAAGAGGAGGAUAUGGCGGGAGAGGUGGGUAUGGGGAGUCCUACGGUGGAAGGGGAGGAGGAAACAGACAAUAUUAA